UAUCUUUGCACUUAUUGCAGCUUUUCUCAAGCAGAUUGGAUGCAGCGCUUACCUCUUGUACAAGCAGCGUAUAACAGCGCAAACUAUAGCAGAAUAGAAUUAUUAUCUGCUAUAUUGCUCUAUAGAUUCCAACUAAUAAAACUAAUAGAUAUUAAUAUACAGUACUCAAGCUAUAUUUCCAAAAUCUUAGAGCAGCUUGAAGAUUUUGCUAAAGCUUGUAAGAAAGCUUAG